GCGGCAUGCAAGGUAGCGAGACAACAACAACUGUGGCUUGUGAAGACGGAGCAUUUACGAACGAUCAAUCCCACCGCCAAAUGCCCGUUUCACCAACUAUCACGUAGUAGUGAAACGACUUCAUACCUUCGCCGCCAUGGACCGGCGGAGCAUCUCGAUAAUCGUCUUUGCCGUGUCAUUGCGUCUCUUCCUAUUCACCGCAUUCCCGUCGCUUCCGGACCUCCUGACCAACCGUGUCGAACUCUCGACACCCGUUACCAGCUUCAAAAGACUACAGGAAGGCCUCUUUCUUUACACCCACGGCGUCUCUCCUUACGAUGGCGGCAUCUUCCACCAGGCUCCACUGCUGCUAGCCUUCUUCUCAAGCAUCCCCAAAUCCCCGAUCGUCACGAACCUCAUCUACAUCCUCGCGGACGUACAAUCUGCACUCUCCUUGAUCCAAAUUGCGACAUCCGGCGUCUCCGCCUCGACGCCUCUCCACACUUCCUCCCGCGCGAAAAACUCUCUCCCGUCCUGGGCUGCCGGCGCCGCGUUCCUUCUGAACCCCUUCACCGUGGCAACAUGCCUCUCCCGGUCAACACUGGUGUUCACCAACACCGCAAUUCUGACCUCGGUGGCGAAGGCCGUGCAGGGUGAUGGCCUUGGCGCGAUCCUCGCCCUCGCCAUGUCCUCGUACCUGUCCCUCUAUCCGGUCCUGAUCCUACCGGCGUUGGUUCUGCUGUCGUAUGACAUGCGGUUCUCGUCUGCGGCGGUCAAGCCUGCGCUGGCAAACUAUGCGGCGACAAUGACCGGUGUGUUUCUCACUGCCAUGGCGGGACUACUGGGAAUCUCCUACAUGAUCACCAACAACUCUUGGGAGUUCCUGUAUUCCACGUACGGGGUGCACCUGCUGCUGCCGGAUCUGACGCCGAAUGUCGGGCUGUGGUGGUACUUCUUCAUCGAGAUGUUUGACUCGUUCCGCGAAUUCUUCCUUUGCGUGUUCCAGCUGCAUCUGUUGAUAUAUGUGGGCGGGCUUUGUAUUCGGAUCCGGAAACAACCGCUGUUCGUAAUCACGACGAUACUCGGCAUCAGCGCGAUCUUCAAGUCAUAUCCAUCAAUCGGUGACAUGGCACUGUAUAUAUCGCUCCUGUCACUAUACCGCCACGUAUUUCCACUCAUGCGCUACACCUUCUUCGCGACCUCGACUUUACUCUACGCGACCCUACUUGGACCCGCCUUCUACUACUUGUGGAUCUACGCGGGCUCUGGCAACGCCAAUUUCUUCUACGCCAUCACGUUGGUAUGGUGUCUCGCCGUGACGGUGAUAGUAGCGGACGCACUUUUUGCCGUGCUCCGCGAUGAGUGGGAGACUGAGCACCCGGAGAUGAGGGGUAAGGAGGUUGUGCGGAUAUAAACCUGUUGUUCUAGAUAUCAUACAUACACACACAGUGCAGCAU